CUGCUAGACGCGAAGGCGGGCGGGCUGCCGGGCAGCGAAAGGCUGUGCCCCAGUUUGUGUCCAAUCAGCGGCCUGAUUUGCGUGCACCGAGCAGGGCAGCAGUGCGUAAACAACCAGCCCUGAGAAAGUCCUCCGCCCCCCUGCACCGCUCCACUCUUUGAGGCUUCCUUCUCGCUAGACUCUCCACAGCCUCCUCCUUCUCCCUUCCUCCCUCCCCCACCCCGCGCGGAACUCCUGUCAGCUGAACAGCAGCUUAAAGCGCACCUCGCUGCUCCUUGCAACAUAACCUAACUCCCGCGCUGCCUCCCCGGGGCGCUCCCUCUGGGCUGUUUGGGGGAAGGGCUGGAAGAUGUCUAACUCUAAAAAGAAGGAGAGGCUGAGAGUCAUCACCCUUUGAGAUCCCCGGAUCCCAAUCCUCCAAUGCCUGGAGAAGUCCAGCUGCAUAGAGCAGCAUCCCAGUUCCUGUGAUACUGCCUCUUUCACUUUGCACAUUUCAUAGCUUGGGUCCAAAACAUUUUCCUCUGCUGCAGUUUGUGCCACGAAUGGCUACCCAGAGGAAGCAUUUUGUGAAAGAUUUCAACCCUUACAUCACCUGUUGUAUCUGCAAAGGAUAUCUUAUCAAACCAACAACAGUAACUGAGUGCCUCCAUACUUUUUGUAAGAGUUGUAUUGUGCAGCACUUUGAAGACAGCAAUGACUGUCCUAGAUGUGGCAAUCAAGUGCAUGAGACCAAUCCUUUAGAAAUGUUACGGCUGGAUAAUACAUUAGAGGAAAUUAUAUUUAAGUUGGUACCAGGACUUCGAGAACAAGAACUACAACAUGAGGCUGACUUCUGGAGGAAAAACAAACCUCAAGCAAAUGGAGAAGAAGGGAAUCCAAAAUCUGAAAAUCCCAAAGAUGAGGAAGAUGGAGAUGAAAAUCAAGAAAAAGACUAUCACAGGAGUGACCCUCAGAUUGCUAUCUGUUUGGAUUGCUUACGUAACAAUGGACAAUCUGGAGAUAAUGUAGUAAAAGGAUUGAUGAAGAAAUUCAUCCGGUGUUCUACACGGGUGACCGUAGGAACUAUCAAGAAGUUUCUAAGCUUAAAAUUAAAGCUUCCGAGUUCUUAUGAGUUGGAUGUACUAUGCAAUGGAGAAAUCAUGGGUAAGGAUCACACUAUGGAAUUCAUCUACAUGACAAGAUGGAGACUACGAGGCGAAAAUUUUCGGUGUCAGAACUGCUCAUCUUCGCAAGUCUGCUCACAGGACGGCUCUUUUUAUCAGUCUUACCCCAUGGUACUGCAGUAUCGACCCAGAAUUGACUUCGGUUAGACCAAAGGGCCAGAUCCCACUGAGAUUAAUGCUGCACUAUGUUUACCCAUCGACAGAUUGCACAAUGAAUGGAUGUGCCUGGACUGGGGGGACACAACCAGAAUUUCAGCAUGUAAAUAUGGACUUCUUAUUCAACUGUAUUUUUUUCUCUUCCCCCCUCCCCACCCCACUUAGACCAAGCCAAGUGCCAUUCUGCUACUGAAACAUCCAUAAGAUAUCUGUGGUAUCUAAGUCUGCAAGUCAUAGGCAAAUUGUUCGAUGUAUAGUUAAGAGUCAAAAUCUCUGGAAUAGUUUGCUAUGCCUGUUAGAAAUUUCCCCUGGUCCAUAAUGUUGAUUACAUUAAUAGAGACAGCCAUGCGUUCUUUCACAUGUGGUGUUGUAGUUUUUUCACAUUUACAAUUUUACUGAAUAAUGUUGUUUAAAAGAAGUACUGUAUUAAAGGUUAAAGACUAUACCUUUGGAAAUAUUUUGUAUAUAAUAUAUGUUUUAAAAUGUGGUUAUUGUGCCACUACUUUUUUUGUUUCUUGUUCAGUUUCUCAUAAGUCCAGGUUAGCUCUCUCAUUAGUAUGCAACAGUCUCUUUGAAGCAUCUAAAAAUUAGACUUUUCAGAGAAGUGAUACACAAUCAUUACUAAAUUGAAAUUGUGUUUAUAGACACUCACAUAAUGCCCCACAGCCUCCUUUUGCUAGUGUAUAACUUAGGAGAUUUCAAUUUGAGGAGUAGCAAAUCUUGUACAAUGCAGCAAAUAAGGUUAUUUGUCUUUUUUUUUUAAUCCAGUGCAUAUUUUUUUAAAAAAAAAAUACAUGCCUUAGGGAUAAAUGGGAACUGUCAUGUAAACUUACUCUAAAAAGUAUGUGCUGGGUGUCUUUGUUGCCCUUGCAAGCUUUCCUCUGAAAUUUAUAUUUUUCUCUUAGUAACAAUCCAUCACAAAGAACGACUGAGAUCAACAGGGUUAAAUGAAUUGGGACCACUGUGCUUUAGUAACCUUAUGUCAGCCUACUCCAUAAAAGACAUCAUCAUAUGCAGAUAUCCACAUUCUUUGAUUAUCUGGAAUAUGAAAACUGUUGGACAGUUAGUUGCCACAUCUGAAACUGAAGUAGCUAACUCCUGUCUGACCAGAAUUAUUGGCUGUUUAGGGGAGUGGUGAAUAAUGUUAAAACUUUAAUGACUGUCUUAGGUAUUACACAUAUAUUCUUUCCAUUUGAAAUGUUGUUUUGUGAAUUUGGACGUCAUUACAGAGAUUGUAAUAUAUCGUA